AUGGGCACUGAUAGGCUGCACUGAUGGACACUGAUAGGUGGCACUGAUGGGCACUGAUGAGGAGGCACUGAAAAUAGUGGUAGUCAGGGGCAGACUGACAACUCAUGGGGCCCCUGGGCAAUAGGGGAUCAUGGGGCCCCUGUGUGCUCGCCCACACUCAAACCACACUCAAAAAAGCCUUUGAAAGGUACCAGGGGCAUCUCAUGGGGCCCCUUACUGACCCAGGGCCCUCGGGCAGUGCCCGAGUUUCCAAAUGGUCAGUUCGCCCCUGGUAGUAGUUCUA